AUGACAAGUGUGCCAUGUUUUACAAAUAACAGUAAUAAUAAUAACAAUCAGAAUAACAAUAAUUUCAGUUCACAUUCAACCUCGAGAAUUGAAUAUCAACAGAAUAAUAUACAACAGAAAUCAUUUACUGAUAACGACAGCUCAAUACCUCCUCUUAUUGACUUUUCCUGUGCAUCAUUCUUAAGCGAAGAUGAAAAGCCCCGAGAAACUUCACGGGAAGAUUUAAACAAUGCACCAUCGAUGGAAUUAUGCACAGUUAAUUCUCCGAGUGGUAUAUUAUUAUCACCAUCAUUAGACAUUAACAAUACACCUAAAGAGUGUAUAAUAAAUUCCAAUGUAAAACUUGAUUCAAAUAAGCCUCCUCUUACGACAACUAUAACAAGUGCCACCACAUCCUCUUCAACAACUUCAACACCUUUGAAUAGUGGAUCACGUCAUUGGAAAAAUGUUCAAUGUACAAUGAAAGUUGUACUGGCGACAAUGGAUCAUGUAAAACGUCGACGUAAAACAAAUUAUAAUAUUACAGCUAGACGAGAUUCAUUUAUGGAUCGUUUUUCAACUCAACGACGUGGUACUUAUGCUGCAGAGGAAUAUUUAAAUGAUACACUCUUUAAUGAUCAGUUGUAUGCACUGAAAACAUCAGAUAAUCUAUUGAAUCGAUUAGAAGAUAUUGAUAAAAAGGUUGACUAUGCUAACAGUGAACAGAAUAUAACCGCCCAAAACACAACAACAACAGCAAUCAGUGGAAUCGAUGACAGUAGUCAGCGUAUAAAAUAUUCUGGUAGUUAUAAAGAGAUUAAUACACCUGAAAAAGAAUACCUUUUAACGCAUAACACCAGUGUAUCACACGGUGAUGAGUCACUCUACCUACAUCCACCCAAGCCAUCUAGUAAUCAUUGUAUGAAUAACCAAAGAAAUUUCAGUGAUGAAUUAUCAAAAUCCGAGAAAGUAGAAGUGGAUGGUGAGAAGGGUAAUCCGAAAAGCUCUACACUGUCAGCUUACUAUAAAAAGCCUCAAGUGUGUAUUGUUUUUCAUCCGCAUAGUACAGGUUAUGUCAUCUGGUUGACAUUUGUCUCGUUAGCACUAUUGUAUAAUCUAUGGACACCGAUUGCUCGUCAAGCAUUUGAUGAGUUACAAUCAAAAUAUCAGAAAAUUUGGUUAUCAUUUGAUAUUGUCGCUGAUAUCACCUAUCUUAUUGACAUAUUUGUUCAAUGUAAUACAAGCUACCUGAAAUGUGGUCUAAAAGUUCGUGAUCAUCAAAAACUAGCUAUGCGUUAUUUAAAAUCUUAUCAAUUCCUACUGGAUGUUGCAUCAUUAAUCCCAUUGGAUUUAUUACAAUUUAAAUUUGGUGUCCAACCAAUGUUACGUUUUCCAAGAUUUUUAAAAUGCUACCGUUGUCGUGAAUGGAAACUACGCGUGGAGAAUCGAACUAUAUUUCCAAAUAUAUGGAGAGUGCUAAAUUUAAUACAUAUUUUAUUCUUAGGCUGUCAUUGGUUUGCAGCCUUCUAUUAUUUGAUAUCAAAAUAUGAAGGAUUUAAAAGUCCAUGGGGAUAUCAACCUUAUGCUGACUUAGAACAGGUGACAAUGUCAAGAAGAUAUUUAAAAUCAUUCUAUUGGGCAACUUUAACACUAACUACAAUUGGGGAUUUAAAUUCACCAUCCAGUAGUAUAGAUACUCGUGGACAUAGAGGUUCAGUAUCAAAUUUAUGGUUGACAUUCACAAUAGUGUCUUAUCUAAUUGGUGUAUUUAUUUUUGCAACAAUAGUCGGUCAAGUUGGUAAUAUUAUUACUACAAGAAAUGCUCAUCGGACAGAAUUCGAAAAAAUCUUGGACAAUGCUAAAAGUUAUAUGCGUACAAAUUCAGUCAGUAAAGAUCUUCAAAGUCGUAUCCUGCUUUGGUAUGAUUAUGCAUGGUCAAAAGGAAGUGGAGGUGGUCAAGACAUCAAUUCGUUAGGCAUGCUACCGGAUAAAUUGAAAACAGAACUUGCAUUAAAUGUGAAUUUAGAGACAUUGAAAAAAGUGACAAUCUUUCAUGAAUGCAGACCAGAAUUCCUACAUGAUAUCGUCUUAAAAAUGCGACCAUUGGUGUUAACACCUGGAGAUUUAAUCUGUCGUAAAGGUGAAAUAGCUCGUGAUAUCUACAUUAUUGCAGAUGGCGUACUUGAAGUUCUAAAUGAAGACAAUGAAGUUCUUUCAACAAUGAGUGCAGGCGACUUUUUCGGAGAAAUUGGCGUACUUAAUUUGGACGGUAUCAAUAGGCGAACUGCUGACGUAAGAGCUGUUGGUUAUGCUGAAUUAUUUGUCCUUUCACGUGAAGAUAUAUUGAAAGCCCUCAAAGAUCAUCCUGAAGCCGAGAUUGUUAUAAGAAAGCAUGCAGCUCGACGGUUAUGUGAAUCACGGACUCGACGAGCUGGUAAUUUGGGCCAGGGGGGUAAAUCUCCAUCAGCCGGCUCAACAACCACCUAUUCACCGACACUAUCUCCACUUUUAUACAAACAGAGCAAUUUGCUUUCAACAGGUAACAGUACACGAAGUUCUACUAGUGCUCCGUUAGAUCAGAAUACAAGUAAAGAGAUUUCAAGAUUAUCUUCUACAAAUCCGGCGAAUGGAGAGAGUAUGAAACAAAAUGAUAAAAGUUCAUCUAUCCGUAAAACUCCUACUAAUAAUAAUUUAAAUUUAGCAGAAAAAUUGUUAAAUACUUCUUGCAGUCAAAAUCAUCAGAUGAUGUCGAUGGCAGAUGCUGUAGAUCAAUUUACAGAAAGAUGGGAGAAUAUAUUGGGAUCAUUGGUUGAAAUUCAUCGUAAAGAAUUAUCCCUAUUAAAAGAACAAUUAUUACAAUAUGGAGUCAAUCAAAAUUAA